UUUCUUAAUAGUUCAGUGACAUCACUGGGAGAGGAGGGGGUGCAUUUAAUAAAAGCUCCUUAUCCUUCCUCACCCCUCCAUGCCUCUCUCGGCAGGUAGGAACCAUCCAGGCACUGACUUGUUUUCUUCCCCCCCCACCUCAGCUCCAGAAUCUUGCCCCGUGUCUGGUGUUGGAUCGUCCCGGUUUACAGCGAGCCUGUCGCCGCCUUAUCCUCCACCGCAACCCCGGCACAAUGACCCUCUGAUUCCCUUCUCUCUCAAGAAUUGUCUGUACUUGGCACCAAUGAUCACUUUCCUACUACCUUCAAAUGUUGCAGAAAAAUUAACACGAUCAUUAUCUUUGAAGAUGGAGAACACUGAGAACAUUAGCAUGAUCUCCCAAAUUGCAAAACGGCGUGUUGUGUCAAAAGAUGGCCAUAACAAUGUGAAAAUUGACCAAGUGGAUGGUUGGGCCUUCCUUUACCUGCAGGAUCUUUGGACCACCGUCAUUGACAUGAAGUGGCGUUACAAGCUAACUCUCUUCACAGCAACAUUUGUGAUUACGUGGUUCCUUUUUGGCAUUCUCUGGUAUGCUAUAGCAUUUGUACAUGGGGAUUUAGAGUUAUUACACCCCCCAGCUAACCACACACCCUGUGUAGUGAACAUUGAGACCUUAACAGGAGCAUUUCUGUUUUCCCUGGAGUCCCAGACGACCAUUGGUUAUGGAUUCCGCUGUAUCACAGAGGAGUGCCCAUUUGCCAUUAUCCUGUUAAUCAUUCAGUUGGUCAUUACCACCUUGGCAGAGAUCUUUGUCACUGGUACUUUUCUGGCCAAGAUUGCAAGACCCAAAAAACGGUCUGAGACCAUCAGGUUUAGUUACCAUGCUGCCAUUGCCAUACACAAGAAUAAACUUUGCCUCAUGAUCCGGGUGGCCAACAUGAGGAAGAGUCUGUUGCUACAGUGUCAACUUUCUGGGAAAUUCCUGCAUAAUCAUGUCACUGAGGAAGGUGAGACCAUCAAACUCAGGCAGGCAAAUGUGAAUUUCCAGGUGGAUACUGGUUCUGAGAGUCCAUUCCUCACCUUCCCAUUGACAUUUUAUCACGUUAUUGAUGAGAAAAGUCCAUUGAACAGAUAUGCAUCGGCAAAUCUAAGGGAUAAAGAUUUUGAGCUGGUUGUCAUUUUAAAUGCCACAGUGGAAUCCACGGGAGCUGCUUGCCAGAUCAGAACCUCGUAUGUGCCAGAGGAGAUUCUAUGGGGCUAUGAAUUUGUCCCUCUUAUGUCACUGUCCCCUGGUGGGAAAUAUCUGGUUGACUUCAGUUUCUUUGACAAACUUAGGAAGAGUUCCAACCCUUACUUUUCCUCUGGAGCGCUGAGGUAUGGGGAUAUUGAUAAGCUAAGACUUGAAGAAAAAUACAGAGAGGAUGAACGGAACACAUUGUUCAGUAAGAUUCCAACAGUCCAUAGCAAUGUCUAGUUAAACAUUUGCACAGAACAGACCAGCGUAAGGAAGUUUUUAAAUCAAUAAACACCUUUCUGGUACAUAACAAGCCUUAAGCCUUAUAAAACAAAAAAAAAUAUUUAGUCAAAAUUAAUAUCAGAAGGUUCCCAAUGAUCUUAUGUAACAAGAACAAUGUUGGUAAUUGUGUUAAUGAAAAAUGUAUUAUUUUUAUUUGAUUACUCACUUUGUCAAAACUGAAUCAUACAAUCCAUCCAACACUGUCUGCAGAUGGAGGACUCUGGUUCCUGAGCCUAAGAACUUUCUCCAGUUUUCCUAAAUUUCAAUUGUGCCAUUCUGCUUGCUUCCUAACAGUUAAAAUCUAGAUUCUUCACAUUGUCUCUUACUUUAGUGUAUUCAUUUGUAGAGCCUCCAAACUGGGUAACCAGUUCCUUCCCUCUGUAUUGACCCCAUGUUAUAAACUAUCACCAUCCAUGCUAGGUGUCAACUGACCCAAAGCUGGCUCUGCAGUCUGUUCCACAGCUUUUAUGUUACUAAUCAGAACUGUAAUUUUCCUUAACAAACAAAAACAGAAAUUGCUGGAAAAGCUCAGCAGGUCUGGCAGCAUCUAUGGAGAGAAAUCAAGAUCUAAUGUUUCGGGUCGAGUGAGCCUUCCCAGGACCCAUGUAAUUUUCCAUACCUGGAUUUAUAAUUAGCAAUAUACUUUUAAUUGGUAAUAGAUUGGAUUGUGAUGAUCUAACAACAAUGUCUUGAUUUACCUAAUUGCUGGAUCCACACUAUUUAGUCUUACAGGGUGUCCUAUACUAUGACUGCCAUGCCAGGUAUGUUUUUGCUGGUAGUGGGUCUUGUAAAUUAUGAUGGGUGGCUAACCCACCAUAUCUACACCUGAUGAAUUCCCACAGUAAGGUGUGUGGAUGGGUGUUGCACCCAAAGCCCACCUGCCUGUACCUAGAACAUUGAAGCCCAUUAAGGAGCAGUUAUGAUCAUAAUUCUGCCUCAGCUUCCAUAAAAUGAUUGGCCAUGGAAUUUGGACUAACUUGGGCAGGCUGCAUUUUCACCAACUUUUGUAAAUAAAUGGGAAUGAAGAGGCUUCCCUUUCUAUGGGAAAUCCAUUCCCCACCCCACAUGUCCAAAACCCAACUUCGUUCCCAACCCUGCCUGGGAUGCUGAUCACUCUUCCCAAAAUCUUGGACUUAGCUCCACCCAGUGACCAUGCUGGUUUCUUUUGCAACUGCAAGAGCUUCUGGCCAAUCAGAUUGACUGACUGGAAGCUUUUGAGAUUUGAGCUUCUUUUCACUAAAUGGGGGAAACUUCACACUGAGAUCGUUAAGACCCCCCUCCCCCCCUCAGUAUAAUAUCGCUGUAGGCCAGCCGUUUUUAAAUUCAGUCAGUUCACUCCCACCCCUACGUGAAAUUCACUGCACAAAGUGUGGUCCAUCUUGAAUAUUUCUUAACUGAUAAAAAAUAAAUGUGAAUUAUGUAAUUGAAUAGGUGAUUUUUUAAAAAAGAAAGAGUUAAUCCUGUAAAAAUAAUGUUGGUUUUUUUGGUGACAUGUUAGUGGGACACAUAUUUCUAAAGGUUUAUAUUGAUCUUGAUGCAACUAAUUAGAAUAUCCUAUGAGUGACAUAUCAUACUGUUAAUAACUGGAAAACAUUUUACAGUUCCUUUAAUAUGUAUGGUUACUGUUUAUUUUUACAUUUCUGUGAAACAGAGAGAUUUAUUUAAA